AUCAUAAUACUUAAUUGCCUAGUAGAGAUAAAACAUUAAGUUAUGUGAUAUCAGUACUCGUUCGCACUUUCGCUCUCUAUCAGCAACAAAUACUUAAUUAUGUGCCAUCUUACGUAAAGCGACUGAAUCACGCCAGUUAUAUAAAAGAAAGGAGUCAUUUUAAAUUGCAAUAGUCACUCGCGCACUCGCAAUCAAGCAACGUCGUGAUAGAGUGAUCGAUGUGAUUCAUUAGAACGUUCCGUCGUCAUCAUGGAUACUUGGAUACUGCUGUCUCUCUUAGCUGGCACUAUCGCUAUUUAUUAUUACUUUUUUAAAAACUUGAAGUUUUUUGAGAAACAAGGAAUUUUACAUAUAUCACCAUGGCCUCUUGUGGGCAAUAUGGCGCCGGCUUUUCUUCGUCAGCUAUCGUUGGCCGAACUUAUUCAAAAAAUCUACAUUCUAAAUCGAGAUGCCAAAUAUGUUGGUUUCUUCGACGGUAUGAAUCCAGUAGUGAUAAUUCGCGAUCCAGAACUUAUCAAAGCCAUCGGCGUUAAGAACUUUGAGGCGUUCCCCGAUCAUCGUGCUUUCAUUGACGAAGUUAACGAUCCGCUGUUUGGCAAGAAUCUGUUUUCGCUUCGUGGCGAUAAGUGGCGAGACGUAAGGACUUUGCUAAGUCCCGCUUUUACAUCCAGUAAAAUGAAAACCAUGUUCAAGUUGAUGUCCGAGUGUGCCGUCUCUUUUACCGAUUUCUUAUCUAAAUUACCUCCUGACAAAAGUGUUAUGGAAUUGAAGAAUAGCUUCACUAGAUACACGAAUGAUGUAAUCGCAACUUGCGCCUUUGGUAUCAACGUCGAUUCUAUGAAGAAUCCUAACAAUGAGUUCUACGUUUACGGAAAGGAAGCUACUACCUUCAACACUUUGCGUACCAUAAAAUUCUACUUCGUUAGAAGUAUGCCAGUUAUCACGAAAAUGUUGGGUGUUAAAUUUAUUAGUGAACGCGUAGCCCAAUUUUUCAAAGAUCUCAUAAGAAGUACGAUAUAUACCAGAGACACGAAAAAUAUCGUACGACCGGAUAUGCUGCAACUGAUGAUGGAGACUAGAGGAAAGAGGGGACCCGGAAAGGAACUGACUAUCGAGGAUAUGACUGCGCAGGCGUUCAUCUUUUUCUUUGGUGGUUUCGAUACCGUCUCCACUUUAAUGUGUUUCGUUGCUCACGAAAUCGGCGUGAAUCCGGACGUUCAGGCCAAACUACGUGACGAGGUAGACGAAGUUAUGAAAACAACUAAUGGGGAAUUGACCUAUGAGGCAUUGAACGGAAUGCAGUAUCUUGAUGCCGUAGUCAAUGAGACUCUUAGAAUGUGGCCCGUAGCCGUUUUUCUCGAUAGGAUAUCCGCGGAAGAUUUUCAGCUACCUCCAGCACUGCCUGGCGACAAGCCAUUCCUCUUAAAGAAAGGGAUGAGCGUAUGGUUUCCUGUGUACGGUCUUCAUCGGGAUCCAAAAUAUUUCGAGAAGCCGGAUGAGUUUCGUCCCGAACGUUUUCUAGACGAAAAUAAAAAAGAGAUAAAUUCAGCCGCGUAUAUUCCGUUUGGUAUCGGUCCAAGAAUGUGCAUAGGCAAUAGGUUCGCAUUAUUGGAGACUAAGGUCAUGCUGUUCCAUUUGUUAGCUCGUUGCGAAUUGAAACCGUGCGUGAAAACUACGCAUCCGAUGCGAUUGAGUAAGUCAAACUUCACUAUGCUAGCAGAAGGAGGAUUCUGGUUGAAGAUCCAAGCGAGAAACAAUACUAAUGUAUCCUCUAAUACCGCUAAUGACUAUAUUUAAAUUCAGAAAGAGGCAAAUGAAAUUUGCAUUUAUAAAUAAAAAUUAGCGCAACAUUAUUUAAAAGGAAAGAAAUGAUAAUCGGACUGACGAAACAUACGUGCACAUACACAUAAAAUAAUUUUAUUUUAAGAUUCUGAUAUAAAAAUCAAAUUAUAUAAAUACAAAAUAAUAAUAUUUCAAUUAUUGUUUAUAAUUUUAUCUUUAUCUAUAUUAUUAGUGUUUUAUAAGAAUUGAAUACAAAUUUCUAAUUUUAUUAUAUUGUUAUUGUGCGAAUAUGUACAGUGGAUAGUUUAAUAUAAUGAAACUUAUUUCUACGAAUUUAUUACAACACAAAA